AUACCUGAAGCAAAGAAGAAGUUCCUGGGUUGUUGACCUGUCAGCGUUGUAGUGCAAGCUGUCACUGGCACUGCUGAUAACUUGUAUGACUCUGUCCAACCGGUAACGUUAGAUGCAGUUUUUGCCUGCAACACAGCGAGUUCCGGGGCGUUGAAUUGACAGAUUUAUCGUACUUCCCGUUGUUGCUGGGGUCAGCUAACCGGCGAGCUAACGGCUAAAGUUAGCUCACAGUCGAAUCAGCUUAACAGCUAGCUUGCUAGCUAGCAUUCGACGGUAGAUAGCCAGAUAGCCGCGUCAGCUAGCUUUUUUGCAGUUAGCUAGCUAGUCUGCUGGCAGUAGGAGUCUAGGAAGCCGCCCACUCCUGCUAGCAGCAUUCCGGACUAAAGCGUACACAAAUGGAGGCCCAAAGCUCCAGCGACAUGCUGCUGUCCAGAAAGAGGAGGAGAGAGAGCUCCACCCGGGACACAGAGGAGGCGGAGAGGCUUGUGAAAGUCCCCAGAUGUACUGUGGGAUUGAAGCACCCUGCGCCUUUUGCAGAUGAGCUGGAGCCAGUGACUAAAAAGCCCUACGUGAGGGUCAACAUGGAGGAGGCGAAGAGGGGGACACAUCCUGACAGACCGGUGCGGGUGUAUGCAGAUGGUAUCUUCGAUGUUUUCCACUCAGGCCACGCCAGAGCACUCAUGCAGGCUAAGUGCCUCUUCCCCAACACACACCUCAUCGUAGGAGUGUGCAGUGAUGACCUGACCCACACAUACAAGGGCUUCACAGUGAUGAAUGAGGAUGAGCGAUACGAUGCCAUCAGUCACUGCCGCUACGUGGAUGAAGUGGUGCGGAACGCUCCCUGGACGCUGACGCCGGAGUUCCUGGCGAAACAUCGCAUUGACUUUGUGGCCCACGACGACAUCCCAUACUCCUCUGCAGGCAGUGAUGAUGUGUACAAACACAUCAAAGAAGCUGGGAUGUUCGCUCCCACCCAGCGGACAGAGGGCAUCUCCACCUCUGACAUCAUCACACGCAUAGUGCGAGACUACGACGUGUACGUGAGACGCAACCUGCAGCGAGGAUACACGGCGAAGGAGCUCAACGUCAGCUUCAUCAACGAGAAGAAGUACCACCUGCAGGAGCGCGUGGACAAAGUGAAGAGGAAGGUGCGUGACGUGGAGGAGAAGAGCAAAGAGUUUGUCCAGAAGGUGGAGGAGAAGAGCAUCGACCUGAUCCAGAAGUGGGAGGAGAAAUCCAGAGAAUUCAUCGGCAACUUCCUGCAGAUGUUCGGCCCCGAGGGCGCUCUGAAGCACAUGCUGAAGGAGGGGAAGGGUCGCAUGCUGCAGGCCAUCAGCCCGAGGCAGAGCCCCAACAGCUCCCCCUCCCGAGAGGAGCGCUCCCCCUCUCCCACCUUCCGCCUCCCCUUCUUCACCAAGACCUCCCCUCCUCCCUCGCCUCCCCCCCACCACAGCGGCGCCCGCGGAUACCUCGUCAGCGAGGACGACGAUGACGAAGACGACGAGAGCUAGAGCACACCUGGAUCCAUCGCUGUCGCCGGGGGUUACCGUCAGACGCAAAGGCUGUCGACUCACAUGGUUUUCAUCGAGCUCCUGCUUCCAUUUUUUUUCUGUUUAUGAUUUUUACAUUUUUAGCACUUCAGUGUAACCAUACUAGCAAGUUCCUCCACAGCUUUUGUUUUAAAACAGACAUUGUUAUCCUCUUUGUUUCUGUGUAUUGGUCAGUAAACUGUACCACUAGUUAUUCACGUUCUUUGAAUAUUAGUUUGAUUUAUCUCCGUCACUUUUCAUGUUGAGUUAAUCAGUCUCUCACCAGCACUUAGGGAUAUUUUCAGGGGUGCACUCUUCCAUAUACUGACGGGUUCUUAAAGGUUGGCGUUGUGAAGUAGAGGUUUGUGUUUUCGUCAUGGCUUUAGCGGGAGGUAUGCUUUCGGUAUUUUGCUGGAGUGGCACGUGUAGUUUGUUGUGGGAGCGGUGAACUGAGAUGUUUAAACGUCUCCUGGAAGUCUUUCAGAGCAGGUCAGGAAACUGGACAAUUGAAUGAUGUGGGGCAGUUUAUACUCUGCUCAUACUAACAAGAACAUGACUUUAAACUAACAGGAAAACUCCAGAUGAUGUCAGAUCUGAACCUGGGAGUGGAGUUUCACUAAACAGCAGCUUUGCAAGUUUGUCUGCGUGUAUGUGCAUGUGAUGUUUCUGAGUGCAAGUCGGCAUGUUUGCACGCCUGUUGACAGAUCUGGGUUCAGCUUUGACUUUUACUGCAUACAGUAAUACCUUUUGCUUUUAUGACAAGAAUCAGUCUUUGGAAGACUAGUUUUAAACUGGACGCCUUUCUCGCAACGACGACCCAUUUAAAUGUCGAUGUAGAAAUACUUAUUUUUGUAGAUUUCAUCCGUCUUUAUCCUCUGUCCAGAUAAUAAGCUUAAUAAUUUCUGUUUAGAAGCGCUUUCACAGUUUGAGCCAGGCUGGAGUUAUGUUAUGGUUUGCUUUGUUUGACUGCAUCCCCUGGGCCUGUAGGGAGGUAAUCAUUCAAAUUGGAUACACACAAUAGAAAGUUAUCAGAACUGUCUCAAUUCCUUACUUCUCUUGAUGGAUACGAUCUGAGGUUAGUUGGAGUUAGAAGCACACUUUUAUGAUUAAGGCUUUUUUAUGAGUCACACACGGCAAAAUAUAAAACUGUCUUAAACAUUGAGCUUUUUCCACUAAUCUGCGGGACUUCUGCUGGUGUUGAGGGUUCGGGAUCCUGUACUCAAAACUCCCGAUCAACGUUUAUGUAGCUACCUCCUUCUGCCCUGAACUGAUUUAGUUUCCUGAGAUGAGCACAAAGUUUGAACAUUGUUUUUUGUUCUGAGCCGUUUGCCGCACUGAAGCAAGGUGACCGAGUCCUUCCGGCCUGGGUGUGCUUUUCCUUCAUUAAUGCGUGUGUUGUCUCCUAUAUAACUGAAAUAUGAAACAUCACAGCUGAUCUGAAGAUGUAAUGCAAUACUGUGAGAUGACUAAUAUAAAUGUUGGCAGAUGUCAGAUUGAUCUGUGCUAGGCUUGGUUUCCCAAAAAUAACUUACAAUGAAAUCAAUCUUCGCUGCAGCCUCUAUUCUUCAGGGUGUGAUUCAGAUUUCAACGUUGGAAAAAUAACUCUUGAUUCCCAUCGCUAUUAAUUCCUACUUUUUGGAAUAUAGAGCAAAUCCAGCUGUAAUUUGUGCUAAGCUACUUUUGGGAACCCUCGCCUCGAUUCUUGUGGAAUCUGUUCCUUUAAAUCUGUGUGAACUUAGUCAGCAUGUCCGGGAGUCAGGUGGCAAAAAGACUUAAGGGCAAGCCGAUAACUGUCACUACUGCUUGAUACAAAUGUAAAUGUUUUAAACCGCAGUUUAAUCAUGUAUCAUUUUACUUUUUGUUUUUAGUCCUGGAUGUAGAGGAAAGGCGAGACAGGAAAAGUGUAUUAAACAUGUUGGCCAAAGCA